UCAGACAGGGAAAAUAAACCUAGCGAUCGAGAUGAGACCGAGCGAUCGAAUCGAAGCGCAUCUCCUCCUUCUCCCUUCGGCCCUUUCCUUCGACCCUUCGUCUCUUCGUGCGGCGGCUAGGUCCUCCAGCGACCAGCGAAUCAGAUCCAUAAAAAGAAGGACGACAGGAGCAAACCACAGCCGGCAGGAACCAGGAAACAGUGAAGGACGAAGGUUCACACCAUCUGCAAUUUCUCAAGCAUCGUUGCGUCGACAGCCGGCGUCUAGCAUUACAAGAUCGUCAUGUCUUCACUUAAAAAACAUGAAUCUGGUUAUCAAAAGCGUUUGAAGAAACAAAAGGCCGAUGAAUUAACUCAGUCUCAGUUGGGAGAUAUGGACAAGUUUGAUAACGGGUCAAAUAUGAAAGGAACACAUCAUGGAGUCCAAAGGAGACUUUUGAAUGUAAAUCCUCGAGCUUUCUAUUCUACUUGUGGUUGUCAUAGCCUUAAUUUGACACUUUGUGAUAUGGCCAAGACUUGUGCUAAAGCUAAAGACUUCUUCGGAAUUAUCCAACGCAUAUAUACUAUAUUUGCUAAUUCUACUAAGAAGUGGCAUAUUCUGAAGGAGAACAUCACUGGAUUAACUCCCAAGUCAGUGUCAGCUACACGUUGGGAGAGUCGUGUUGACAGUGUUAAAGCUAUUCGACUUCAAUGUGCAGAGAUUCGGGAGGCCCUACUUCAGGUAGCUGAGACAGAUAAUGACAUAAAAACGAGUAGUGAGGCUAAAGGUUUGGCAAAUAAUGAACUUGGAGAGUAUGAAUUUAUAGUGGCAAUAGUCAUUUGGUAUGAGGUAUUGUAUGCUGUUAAUUUAGUAAGCAAACACUUGCAAGCAAAGGAUAUGCUUAUUGAUGUUGCUAUUGAGAAAGUGCAAGGACUGAUUACUUUCUUCAAGGGGUAUCGGGAUACUGGUUUUUUAGAAGCAUUGGAGACGGCCAAAGCAAUUGCACUUGAUAUGGAUGUUGGUACAACAUUUCGUAAAAGAAGGGAAAUUAAAAGAAAGAGACAUUUUGAUGAGAAACCAGAUGACACAAACAUUGCCACACAGUCUGCAGAGGAAUCAUUUAGAGUUCACUAUUUUGUACGUAUUGUUGAUCAAGCAAUUAGCUCACUUACAAGCAGAUUUGAACAAUACCAGGGGUAUCAGAAAAUAUUUAAUUUCUUAUUUACCUCUGAAACAUUGCAGUCCUUGGAUAAGAAGAGCUUGAAAACUUCUUGUGAUAAUCUGGAGGUUGCUCUUACAAAGGAUGGAAAAUCUGACAUUGAUGCCAACGAACUGUAUGUGGAGUUGAUGUUUCUUCAAAAUUUCACCCCAAAAGAAAAUAUUGGGCCCGUUGAAAUUCUAAAGUUCUUAAAGCGGCAUGAUUGUUUUCCCAAUGCAAGUAUUGCAUAUAGAGUUCUUUUGACCAUCCCUGUGACUGUUGCAUCAACAGAACGGAGCUUUUCGAAAUUGAAGCUAUUGAAGUCUUAUAUGCGCACUACCAUGACACAACAAAGACUUACUGAUUUGGCCACAAUAGCUCUUGAGAGUGAAGUAUUGGAGAAGAUUGAUUAUGAGGAUAUUAUUGAAGAUUUUAUUUCAAGGAGCACUAAAAGAAUGAUGUUAUUUAAGUGA